AUGACGGAGGAAAUAACCGGGAAUUGGAGCUAUUAUGUGUAUAUAUCACUAACAUUGGUUCCAGUCUAUUUGGCAUUUCAGCUCAUUAAGUUUUUGGGCUGGCAGCUAUUCGUGAACAACUGAGCAAAUAUCAACAACAAAACAGCAGCAAACUCAGAGACAGACACACACACACAUUCACACACAGCAAGCGAGGCACUCAUAAUCAAAAUUUUAGAAUUAAAGAAUUGAAGCUGCAAUUGCAGCAGCAGACGCAGCAGCAUCCCAAAGAGAACAGAGUUCGUCUGCAUCGCAAGUUGCAAGCUGAAGCUGAAGCUGAAGUUGAAGUUGAACGUUGCAGUUGUAAAAGACAAGGAUCUCUGGCGGAGAGACAGCACAAGCUAGCUCGGGGCUAUAUAAAACAUAAUUUGCCUAAGUAAAUAUGUUUAAAAUGCAAUAAAAACAGCACAGCACAGAGAGCUAACCAAGAAGAACUCUAUGCAACAACGGAAGCGAUAAGCGGCGCAUAAAAAUAAUAAACGUAAAACGUGGAAACGUGGAAACGGAAGCAAAGUUAGAAUUGAAAAUUUUGUGCAGCAAAACUGACCGCAGCGCGAGUCAGUGAAACAAAAACUCUGUGGAAAAAAAAAACACACAGAAAAACGAAGCUUGA